AUGAAAGAAAUACUUGAGAAAAGAUCACCAGUAGAAGGUAGCAUUCAUAAAAGAGCACCUCAGAGACCUGCUGCAGUACCUACCGACAUUUAUAUCUCAAAUAAGAGUAAAACGUAUGCCAUCAUAAAGCGAGUGACACGACUAAUGUUAAAAGAAAAGUAA